AUGAAUCCCUUUGCGUUCCGACCGGCACAAGUCUCCUUCUGGACGACAGUCAUCUAUCUUGCGCUCGUCAUUCCUCUCAUCGUCGUCAACGAGAGUGUACCCCCAGCACCUACAGAUCCCACUCCAUUGGAAGGCAUUAAUAUCACGGAGGCAUGGCUGGAUCUCGCCACUCUCACGAAUGGCUAUCACCCCUACAACAGCCACAGGAAUGAUGAAGUGCGCAACUGGCUACUUCUGAGGAUCCAGGACAUUUUGGACGAGAAUGGCGUAUCUUGGAACACAGAGACAACUAUCAGCAAGCCCCCUGUAUCUACUGGAUACGGCGCAACCGAUGACGGCGUGGGUGUUAUCACCGUGUUGCAACUCAUCAAAUAUUUCACCACUCCAGGACAUCAGCCUGAGCAUGGAAUUGUAGCGCUUCUGAACAAUGCAGAAGAGGACUACCUUUACGGCGCUAGGGCAUUUGGGAAGAGUCCGCUGAUGCCAUUUGUUCACAGCUUCUUGAACCUCGAGGGAGCUGGUGCUGGAGGACGAGCUAUACUCUUCCGGACUACGGACCAGGACGUGACAGCUGCUUAUGCUGGAGUCAAGGACCCAUUUGGCACCGUUAUUGGAUCAGACGCAUUUGGUCUGGGAUUCAUCCGAAGUCAGACAGACUACGUUGUAUUCAACGGUAAUUACGGUGCGAGGGGCGCGGAUAUAGCCUUCUAUCGUCCUCGAGCAAGGUAUCACACCAACCAAGAUGAUGCGAGACACACUAGUCGAGCAAGUCUGUGGCACAUGCUCUCUGCUUCCAUCACUACUGUUGAUAGCCUGUCUGGUGACUGGGGGAAGAAGUUCCUUGGGGAACGUAGCGACGGUGACGACACUAAGGUUCCUAACGGCAAGACCAGCGACGGGGUCUGGUUCGAUCUCUUUGGCAAAGGCUUUGUUCUUUUUAACUUGCGUGGCAUGUUCGCAUGGUCUCUGACUUUGCUUAUUGCCACACCACUAAUCUUGGUCCUUCUCACCUAUGUCUUACACAAGUAUGGGAAAUACUAUUUCUUCUCGUCUAAAGUCAAUACUUCUGAGACUGAUGAGCUUGAUUCGGGCGAUGUCGAGAAGGUCAAGAUUGGGGGGUGGAAAGGCUUCUUCCGGUUUCCUUUCGCACUCAUUGUCGCCGGAGCAUUGAAUUUUGGUGCUGCAUUACUGCUGAAGAAGGUGAACCCAUUCAUUGUCUAUAGCAGCGAAUAUGCCGUCUGGGCAAUGAUGACAUCGCUCUUCUACUUCGUCUUCUGGUCCAUCAUGAAAGGUGCAGACUUUGCAAGACCGAGUGCUUUGCAUAGAGGCUAUGUUCACAUAUGGCUAUUUAUUCUCUCGUGGGCUAUUCUUGUGGCUGUGACCGUAUUCGAGGACAGGUUCAAGAUUGCUUCCGGCUACCCGUUUGUGUUCUUCCAGUCGGCUGUCUUUCUGUCUACCCUCAUCGCAUUCACUGAGCUUUUUGCUCUGCCAAACAUGCGGACUUAUGGAGUAAGAGCUCAAGAAGAAGAUCAAGUGAGAGACAGCCUGCAAGCAGUUCCUAGUGCUGAUGCGUUGAUCGCGCCGAGCCCAGGGGAAGUGGAUCCUGCUACUGCUCGGGACAGAGAUGAUGACGAAGAGGGAGAGCCGGCAACUGAGACGACACCACUUGUCGGUGGUCGAGCAAAUGGAGAUAAUGCGCGCACGACGUUUGCGACCACGUACCGCCGGUCCAUCCAGGCUCUAACUGAUGUCACACGAAAGGACCAACAGCCUGAUGACGGGCCACAACCUUACGAGGACGAACAACCUUGGUCGGGUAACCUACCGACAUGGACAUGGCUUCUGCAGUUCCUGAUUUUAGGCCCUUUCACCAUUAUUUUAGUGACCCAAAUUGGUCUGGUGUUCUUGGACGCAGUUGCCCAGACUGGUCCGGAUGGCUCGAGUCCCCUACUACCAUUCCUACUCACUGCUCUGUGCAGCAUCUUGCUUUUGCUCCCGAUCACACCCUUUAUUCAUCGCGUAACUCAUCAUAUUCCCCUUUUCCUCCUCUGCGUAUUCGUCGGCACCCUAAUUUAUAACUUGGUUGCUUUCCCGUUCUCCGCGGACAGCAGGUAUAAGGCGUACUGGCAACAACUCGUCAAUCUUGACACGGGAGAGUCGACAGUCAAGUUCGUGGGCAUCGAGGAUUAUCUUCGGCCAAUAAUCGCAGAACUACCCUCUGCCGCAGGCAAGGAGGUGACAUGCCGCGAUGCAAAGAAUCGUUAUAACAUCAGAGAAUGUGUGUAUGACGGCGUGGAUGUUCCGCCAGUUCUUGCCGGCAACGUCAUCCCCGGCGUGCCUCCGCAGAAGAGCUUCACAGAUCUCGUCUCCGUCAACAUCACGCACGGAUCUGCGCCAGGAACUGCUUCUCUGGCCGUCAAUGCCAAGAACACGAAGGCUUGCUAUCUGAGAUUCAAGAAGGCAAUCAACUUCACCAUAAAGGACGGCACGGGCUGGGAUGAUCGCUUCGGAGCUGUCCCUGAGAGCGGCAUUUACGAAAUCUUGCUGUGGAGAAGAGACUGGAACAAGACUUGGUUUGUUGAUAUCGAAUGGGAUGUUGAUGCCAAGGAUGUGGACCCUCUGACUGAGGUCGAUGAUGGUCAAGAACAUGAUGGACCGGAUGAGUUGAAGGCGCGAGCACCAGGUAUGGAGGGUGAGGUAUCCUGUCUCUGGAGCGACAUCAAUACGCCCGGGACGAUUCCUGCGCUGGACGAAGCGCUUCAAUUCGCACCGAGUUGGGUGGCCAUUUCGAAAAUCGCAGCUGGGCUCGUCGAAGGCAGCAAGACUUUCAUUAUUUGA